GUGCACAUGUGCAUGUGUGUAUGUGUGUGUGUCCAUGUGUGUGUGCAUGAAACUGGGGGCUGCCUCUGCUUGGGCCACUUUUGGAGGGGUGGGCUGGCCCCUUCUUCCCAGAGCCUCUUUCCUCUCCCGGCACCCCUGACUUCCAGAGUAUCCAGCCUCUUUUCUAAGAAAAUUUGCAUUUUCUUAGAGGGGACCUUGACUUAACCUCAAAGAAAUAGACUUGAAUGGCAGAACUUCUGGCACCAGGUGGAAGCUGGUGCAGUGAGGGUGCAAGCUUCUUUCCUUAACUUUCUGGGACACACCUGUUUUGUUCAAUGUGCAAUGACCUUGCAGGACCUUCUGAACGCAGAGCAGGCAGUGGAUGGGGGUCAGGCUGGGGAAAGAGUCCCUCAAGUUCAAGACACAUUUUCAGAAGGGAUCCUGUGAAGGGGCGACUCAGGCCUGGAGGCAAUGGUAUCUACUGACCACCCAUUUUUUGAGCCAGAUCUAGAAAAGGUGGCAGCUCCCACGAGAACGUGGACCCUUUCCACUAUGGCAAAAGAUUCCGCUGUGGGGGCAAUAGGCGUCGGCAAGUCAUCGAAGAUGAGCUGUAAUAAUAGAGUCGGCUGUGCCCACCCAAUACUCCAGGGCCAGUGGCAAAGCCAAGGAUGUGCCGUCUCCUGUAGCCCCUUGACCUGGGACCCCAUCACCGAGAAGCUGUCGGUUGAAGGAAGCUUCCGGCUCAGCGGGCCCCCUGGGUGGGCCUCACCUCCUCCUGCCCAGUGCCACCCCCUGCUAAUAAUAAAGUCUGCUGCAGAAAAGGCUGCUCCCUUCGCCUGCCUUUCUCCCUCCCUCCAUUCCUCCUGUAAGGUCCACAAACCUCGUCUCCAAGUUGGGGUGCAAAGACAGCCCUGCCUCCUGCAGCUUUCAGUUACUUGCUCAGGCGCCCGUCUGCCUGCUGAAGCAAGGAGCCCGGCAUCCCCAUCCUGGGCUCUGAGCCCCGGGGCAGAGGACUCCGUCUGGCUUCCGAAUGCGAGACAGAGAGGGCUGGGGAGUCCCAACGCACAGGAGUUCUAGGCCGCCGGUGCCUCUGUGUCACUGCCACAGGCACUGGGAGCUGCCCCGCCUGGGGGAUGCUGCAGAGACCCCUGGACUCCCAACACUGAGGCCCUCUGUGCCACGUUCGUGUGCUCUGACAUGUUCCCCAAGGGCACCCCCAGCUGGGGGUUGGGCCUGGGGGACCCUGCAAGAGCUGGUCGUCUGCCUCUCACCCUCCAGAGCCUGGUGCCGAGCCCAGGCCACCCCUUUUCCUCUCUUGGGGCCAGGGGACCCCGCUUGGACCCACCCCACCCACAUAGCUGUGUGCUGGUGUGGUUAACCCCAGGGCCGGGGGCAGGGACUGGGCAGUGAGGUCAGGUCGGGCCACAUCCUCCUGCGCCCCCUCCUCCGUCCAUUCAGCAAGGACCCAUCGGGGACAAAGUCAGGCCGAGAAGGCGUCGGGUGCC